GUCAAAACUGUGGAGGUUUAGUACAAGGACCCAAUGGUACUAUAGAAAGUCCUGGAUUCCCUCAUGGUUAUCCAAAUUAUGCCAACUGCACAUGGAUCAUUAUCACAGGAGAACGUAACAGGAUACAAUUGUCAUUUCAUACUUUUGCCCUGGAGGAAGAUUUUGAUAUUUUGUCAAUUUAUGAUGGACAGCCUCAGCAAGGCAAUUUAAAAGUGAGGUUGUCUGGAUUUCAGCUUCCAUCAUCUAUCGUGAGCACAGGUUCUAUCCUCACCCUCUGUUUCACCACAGACUUUGCUGUCAGCGCUCAAGGAUUCAAAGCUAUCUAUGAAGUAUUACCUAGUCAUACUUGUGGCAACCCAGGUGAAAUUCCUAAAGGAGUACUUCACGGAACAAGAUUCAACAUUGGAGAUAAAAUCCGCUAUAGCUGUAUCUCUGGUUAUAUCCUAGAAGGCCAUGCCAUGUUGACAUGUAUCAUGAGUCCUGGAAAUGGUGCAUCGUGGGAUUUCCCAGUUCCUUUUUGCAGAGCUGAAGGAGCUUGUGGAGGGACACUACGUGGGACUAGUGGAACUAUUUCAAGUCCUCAUUUCCCUUCAGAGUAUGAAAAUAAUGCUGAUUGCACCUGGACCAUAUUGGCUGAACCAGGAGAUACCAUUGCUUUGGUCUUUACUGACUUCCAGUUAGAGGAAGGAUAUGACUUCUUAGAAAUCAGUGGAACAGAAGCACCAUCAAUAUGGUUGACUGGUAUGAAUCUACCUUCUCCUGUUAUCAGCAGUAAGAACUGGUUACGACUCCAUUUCACAUCUGACAGUAAUCAUCGACGGAAGGGAUUUAAUGCUCAGUUCCAAGUGAAAAAAGCAAUCGAACUGAAAUCAAGAGGAGUCAAGAUGUUGCCCAACAAAGACAGCAACCACAAGAAUUCUGUCUUGACUCAAGGUGGGGAUGCAGUCGCAUCUGAUGCAUGUCCUGAUCCUGGAAUUCCUGAAAAUGGGAAAAGGGUGGGCUCUGACUUCAGGGUGGGUGCGAGUGUGCAGUUUUCCUGUGAAGAUAAUUAUGUGCUGCAAGGUUCGAAGAGCAUCACUUGCCAGAGAGUGACAGAUACACUGGCUGCCUGGAGUGACCACAGGCCAAUUUGCCGUGCUAGAACAUGUGGUUCUAAUUUACGUGGACCAAGUGGAAUUAUCACCUCACCAAAUUAUCCAGUCCAAUAUGAAGAUAAUGCACACUGUGUGUGGGUCAUUACAACAGUUGAUCCAGAGAAGGUCAUAAAGCUUGCUUUUGAGGAGUUUGAACUGGAAAGAGGCUAUGAUACCCUUACUGUUGGAGAUGCUGGGAAAGUUGGUGAUACAAGAACAGUGUUGUAUGUACUUACUGGAUCUAGUGUUCCUGAUCUUAUUGUGAGCAUGAGCAACCAGAUGUGGCUUCACUUACAAUCUGAUGACAGCAUUGGCUCUCCAGGAUUCAAAGCUGUUUAUCAAGAAAUUGAGAAAGGAGGUUGUGGAGACCCUGGAAUUCCAUCAUAUGGAAAAAGGACUGGCAGUAGUUUUCUGCAUGGCGACACACUUACCUUUGAAUGUCAAGCAGCUUUUGAACUUGUGGGAGAGAAAACGAUUACAUGUCAACAAAACAACCAGUGGUCUGGCAACAAACCCAGCUGUGUUUUCUCAUGUUUCUUCAACUUCACCACACCUUCUGGAAUUAUUCUUUCACCAAAUUAUCCUGACGAGUAUGGGAACAACAUGAACUGUGUUUGGUUGAUUAUCUCAGAGCCAGGAAGCAGAAUCCACCUGAUUUUCAAUGACUUUGACGUAGAACCUCAAUUUGACUACCUUACAGUAAAAGAUGAUGGAAUUUCAGAUUUGCCACCUCUUGGCACUUUUUCUGGCAAUGAGGUUCCUUCUCAGUUGGCUAGCAGUGGACAUAUAGUAAGACUUGAAUUUCAGUCAGAUCACUCUACCACUGGAAGAGGAUUUAAUAUCACUUAUACAACCUUUGGUCAGAAUGAGUGCCAUGAUCCAGGCAUUCCUAUCAAUGGAAGACGUUUUGGAGACAGAUUUCUUCUGGGAAGUUCUGUGUCCUUUCACUGUGAUGAUGGCUUUGUGAAGACCCAGGGUUCUGAAUCUAUAACGUGCAUUAUGCAAGAUGGGAAUGUAGUAUGGAGCUCUACUGUCCCACGAUGUGAAGCACCAUGUGGUGGACAUCUGACAUCAUCGAGUGGUGUUAUCUUGCCACCAGGAUGGCCAGGAUAUUAUAAGGAUUCACUAAAUUGUGAAUGGGUGAUCGAAGCAAGACCAGGACAUUCCAUUAAGAUCACUUUUGACAGAUUUCAGACUGAAGUUAAUUAUGAUACACUGGAGGUCAGAGAUGGGCCAGCUAACUCAUCACCAUUAAUUGGAGAGUACCAUGGAACACAAGCCCCUCAGUUCCUUAUCAGUACUGGCAAUUACAUGUAUCUGCUGUUCACUACAGACAACAGUCGUUCCAGUGUUGGCUUCCUAAUUCGUUAUGAGAGUGUUACUCUGGAAUCGGAUUCGUGCCUUGACCCAGGGAUUCCAGUGAAUGGCCAUCGCCAUGGUAACAACUUUAAUAUCCGCUCUACAGUCACCUUUAGCUGUGACCCAGGAUAUACCCUGAGUGAUGAGGAACCGCUCAUAUGUGAAAGAAACCAUCAGUGGAAUCAUGCAUUACCCAGCUGUGAUGCCUUAUGUGGUGGAUAUAUUCAUGGGAAGAGUGGAACUGUUCUUUCACCAGGUUUUCCUGAUUUUUAUCCUAACUCCUUAAACUGUACUUGGACUAUUGAAGUGUCGCAUGGCAAGGGUGUACAGCUGGCUUUUCAUACCUUUCACCUUGAGAGUUCUCAUGACUAUUUGCUCAUCACUGAAGAUGGCAGCUUCACAGAACCAGUAGCCAGAUUAACUGGCUCAGUCUUGCCCCCUGCAAUUAAAGCUGGCCUCUUUGGAAACUUCACAGCACAGCUUCGAUUUAUAUCUGAUUUUUCAAUUUCUUAUGAAGGCUUCAAUAUAACAUUUUCAGAAUAUGAUCUGGAGCCAUGUGAUGAUCCUGGGGUUCCAGCCUUCAGUAGGCGAAUUGGUUUUCAUUUCGGUGUUGGAGAUUCCUUGAUUUUUUCUUGUUUCCCUGGAUAUCGCUUGGAAGGUGCUAAUAAACUUACCUGUCUGGGUGGUGGCCGGUGUGUAUGGAGUGCACCUCUGCCAAGGUGUGUGGCUGAAUGUGGAGCAACUGUCUCUGGACAUGAAGGAACAUUGCUAUCUCCAAAUUUCCCAUCUAAUUAUGACAACAACCAUGAAUGUAUCUAUAAAAUUGAAACAGAGGCCGGAAAAGGAAUCCGUCUGAGAGCCAGGAGCUUUCAACUGCAUGAGGGAGAUAUCGUUAAGGUGUAUGAUGGAAAAGACAGUUCUUCCCGGUCUCUGGGAGCCUUCACUAAAGAUGAGAUGAUGGGAGUUAUCCUUAAUAGUACUUCUAACCAUUUAUGGAUAGAAUUUAAUACCAAUGGAUCUGAUACUGACCAGGGAUUUCAGCUCACUUACACAAGUUUUGAUCUAGUGAAGUGUGAAGAUCCUGGCAUACCGAAUUAUGGCUACAAAAUUCGAGAUGAAGGACAUUUUAUAGACACUGUCAUUUUAUACAGCUGUAAUCCUGGCUAUGCAAUGCAUGGUAGUGGUAUUAUGACCUGUUUAAGUGGAGACAGAAGAGUCUGGGACAAACCUUUGCCAACUUGCAUAGCUGAGUGUGGUGGUCGAAUUCAUGCUGCUACAUCGGGGCGCAUUUUGUCUCCAGGUUACCCAGCACCAUAUGACAAUAAUCUUCAUUGUACUUGGAUUAUUGAAGCAGAUCCAGGAAAGACAAUAAGUCUGCAUUUUAUUGUUUUUGACACUGAGGUUGCUCAUGACAUCUUGAAGGUAUGGGAUGGGCCUGUUGAGAGCAGCAUAUUGCUGAAAGAAUGGAGUGGCUCAGCUCUUCCGGAGGAUAUUCACAGCACUUUCAACUCGUUGACAUUACAAUUUGACAGUGACUUCUUUAUCAGCAAAUCAGGCUUUUCCAUUCAGUUCUCAACUUCCAUUGCAUCAACCUGUAACGAUCCUGGGACACCACAGAAUGGCACCAGAUAUGGAGACAGCAGAGAGCCUGGGGACACCACAACCUUUCAGUGUGAUCCUGGCUAUCAGCUUCAAGGACAGGCUAAAAUUACAUGUGUGCAACUGAAUAACCGAUUCUUUUGGCAGCCAGACCCACCUACAUGCAUAGCUGCAUGUGGAGGAAACCUGACAGGCCCGGCUGGAGUUAUUUUAUCACCUAACUAUCCACAGCCCUAUCCUCCUGGGAAAGAAUGUGACUGGAGGAUAAGAGUAAACCCUGAUUUUGUCAUUGCCUUGUUAUUCAAAAGUUUCAACAUGGAACCCAGCUAUGAUUUUCUACAUAUUUAUGAAGGAGAAGAUUCUAACAGUCCUCUAAUUGGCAGUUUCCAAGGUUCACAGGCUCCUGAAAGAAUAGAGAGCAGUGGUAACAGCCUGUUUCUGGCUUUUCGCAGUGAUGCUUCUGUUGGAAUGUCAGGAUUUGCCAUUGACUAUAAAGAGAAACCACGUGAGGCUUGUUUUGACCCCGGGAACAUUAUGAAUGGAACUAGAAUUGGAACAGACUUUAAACUUGGUUCAACUAUUACCUACCAGUGUGACUCUGGAUAUAAAAUUAUUGAUCCUUCAACUAUAACAUGUGUAAUUGGUCCCGAUGGAAAGCCAGCAUGGGACAGAGCAUUGCCAUCUUGUAAUGCUCCAUGUGGAGGGCAGUAUACUGGAUCAGAGGGAGUGGUUUUAUCACCAAGUUAUCCUCAUAAUUACACUGCUGGACAGACUUGUCACUAUUCAAUAACUGUACCUAAAGAAUUUGUUGUGUUUGGGCAAUUUGCCUAUUUUCAGACAGCUUUGAAUGAUGUGGCAGAGUUAUUUGAUGGAGACAGUUCUCAGGCUAGACUCCUUAGUUCAUUGUCUGGAUCCCACUCAGGAGAGACAUUGCCUUUGGCUACAUCUAAUCAAAUUCUUCUGCGAUUCAGUGCUAGGAGCGGGGCAUCAGCCAGGGGAUUCCAUUUUGUCUACCAAGCUGUUCCACGCACGAGUGAUACGCAGUGUAGUUCAGUGCCGGAGCCGAGGUAUGGAAGGAGAAUUGGCUCUGAGUUUUCUGCAGGCUCUGUUGUUCGAUUUGAAUGUAGUCCUGGCUAUCUGCUACAAGGAUCCAAAGCUAUCCGAUGUCGCUCUGUGCCGAAUGCCUUAGCUCAGUGGAAUGACACAGUACCAAGCUGUGUAGUGCCAUGUAGUGGGAAUUUUACUGAACGAAGAGGGACUAUUCUGUCACCAGGUUACCCUGAACCUUAUGGUAACAGCUUGAAUUGUGUGUGGAAAAUCAUUGUGACUGAAGGAUCAGGUAUUCAG